AUGAGCAAAAGAGAAAAUGAAGAGGCUCAUAAAGGCAAAAAGGGAGGAGCCUUCCAUACACCCUGGAUAAACGCAAAAAGGCCGCGAGAGAUCAGACUUUCAGAAUUGAUCAAAAUCGAAGAUGAGAAACCAGCCGGAAAGACUGAAGAGAGUUCCUGUCAACUUCAAAAAGUUCGAUUCAUAGCAGAGGGAGAAAAACUACCGAUGCAAUUCGAAAUCGUUGGAUUUGUUAGAGACAUUUUGGGCGAUAUGCAACAAGACGAAAAUUGCGAAUUUUCACUGACUGUCAGAGUUGGUGAUUGCUCUGGAACAUUAAAUGCGAUUAUAUGCCACAAUGCGCUGGAGAAGCUUUUCAACACUAAAAUGCCCAAAUCGCCGAGAAAAUCAUGGCCCCCAGAUCUCAAGAAAGAAUUAAAACAGAAGUGUAGAGAGGGCGCGAAAAUAUUCUACGACUUUUACGGGAAGAUGUGCAUGAUGAGACGUCCUGCGAAGUCUGCUGUGAAUUUUGAAGUUCGCGAUUUUAUCGAAAUAACCGAUACGAAAGUGCCUCGUCAGCCUUUGAUCGAACUUCCUGAGCAUAACGUCCCGCUAAACCUUGAUUACCAAGCUCCAUUGAGUGAGAACAAGGCUCCGAACGAUUCCGAUAACCUUACAGUGAUCACGUUUGAGCCAUCUGACCCACCACCAGAUAAUUUACCGACUCAAGAACAUCUCGAUUUCCUCAAAGAAAAUUUUGGACACAGCCAAUUUCGCGACAAUCAAUGGAAAGUGAUCUCAUCAAUAAUUUAUGGCAGAAACGACCAACUUGUGAUAAUGGCGACCGGUCAUGGAAAAUCGCUUUGCUUUCAGUACCCGACUCUUUGGAUGAACGCUCAUGUGAUCUGCAUUUGUCCACUGAUUUCUCUGAUGCAAGAUCAAGUGGAACAACUGAAUAGCAAGGGUAUUCCCGCUUGCUUCCUUGGAAGUGCCCAGAAGGAGAAACGAAUUACUCUGGCGAAAAUCUACAACAGGAACUACAGGGCUAUUUAUGUUUGUCCAGAAUGGAUAGAGAAAAAUAUCCUCCAGCUGAGAAGAAUUAUGAGCAAAAUUCCCGUAGCGCUCUUUGCGAUCGAUGAAGGAAUGUUUUCAAGAAACAUACUAGCUCACUGUGUUAGCGAAUGGGGUCAUGACUUCCGAAAAGCUUACAUGAAUUUGUCAGCUCUGAAGACUCUCAGUCCCAGAACACCGAUGGUAGCAUUGACUGGAACCGCUACGGUUGAAAUGCGGGAUGAAAUUAGCAAGUGCUUGAAAAUGGAAAACACCCUGAAAACCGUUGGAAGCUUCGACCGCCCAAAUAUCUACAUCAAAAUUGAGAAGAAAACAACAAUGUCCGACGAUCUCAUCAAAUCUGAUGCAAUUCAGACAGACAAAAGUAUAUUUUUUCGAGGUCUUGCCUGA